UUCAUUCAAUUAUUGACCAAUCAACAGCAUCAGAACAGAACAUCCAUGCCUUCAUAUGAGGCCAUUGCUACUCAUUAUCAUUGGGCAUUGUCACAGGUGUUUAGGAUGUCAUUCCAGGCGGCGAUUGUGCUGGAGGAUGACUUGGAUGUGUCACCUGACUUCUUUCAAUACUUUGAUGCAAUGUAUCCAUUGCUGCGGAACGAUCCUUCAUUAUAUUGUAUAAGUGCAUGGAAUGAUAAUGGUGUGCCGGAGUACAUGAACCCUGAUCAAGAGGCAUCGCGACGCACUUUCCAGCGAACAGACUUCUUCCCGGGUCUUGGCUGGAUGCUCACAAGGAACUUCUGGAAUGAGUUGGAGCCAGUGUGGCCAGCCAACAAUUGGGAUGACUUCCUUCGACAGCAGAGUGUUGUAAAGGGACGCCAUUGCAUACAGCCCGAGCUACCAAGAGUCAGAAACAUUGGAAUGAAUGGCACCAGUGCCACCGACAUCUAUGAACGAUUCCUCAAGAAGAUGGACUACAACAAUGUCACCAUGGACUACACUCAAGUCGACUUUACCUAUCUUGAAAGAGUAUGUUUGAAUGAUCAUCGAUUGAUUGAACGACUGACACCAAACCAUCAACGACAAAAGGACAAGUAUGUGGCGUACUUGAAGAAACAGGUUGACGCGGCCAAGUCGAUUGACUUGUAUGAGAUCGAUUCAUUCCAGUAUCGCAACCUUACUUUGAAGGCCACAUUCAAGAGUGAUGCAGACUUUAGGAUGUUCAAUCAUGUACAUGGACUGAUGGACGACCUCAGAGAGGGCAUGUCCAGGACAUCAUUCAGAAAGAUAGUCACCAUCUUUGUCGAUUCCAACAAAGUAUACUUAUUGCCCAAGGAUCAAGACUGGAGUGAUAUCAAAGUGAUU